AUGUGUAAGGUUGAAUGGGGUUAUUAUAAUCAGUUUGAGAAAUGUAUUCCUUCUGGUGAUCUGCCAAUUAUAGUCAUUAACUUUGUUGAGUUUUUACAGAGGCUGAAGGAAUUUGAAGAUAAAAUGAAGGAGUAGGGUGAGACCCCUGUUAUGUUCAGUCACUUGUGGCCUCCUCGGAGAAGGACAACUGCAGAAGAAGAUGAGAGAGCGAAGCAUCCUAAACCUGAAGACUCUGUUUAUUAUCACCCUACUCGGAAUCCUACAGGGGCUCCACCACCUGGGAAACCACCAAUGUACAAAUCAUCAAUAGGACCUAGAAUUCCCUUGUCUGGUGCAUCAUCAAGUGCCGCUGCUUCUUCCUCACAGACUGAGUUAGAGGAUACUUCUGUAGCUGUACCACCUCCACCUCCUCCUCCUUUGCCAGAUACCAGUAAAUUGGACUUAGGGGAUGCCUCUGAUGUUCCUGCUUCUUUGCCUCUACCACCCCCACCUCCUAUGCCACCCAAGCCUGCCACAAUGAACUUGGGUAUUCCUUUGCCUUCUCCCCCUGGUCCACCACCACCACCUGGUUCCCCAUCUAAAGAGCAAGUUACAGUUCGACCUCCACUGCCUCCACCUCCUCCCCUUCCGCAGUCUGUGCUGCCCCCUCUGUCUGGCACCAACAGAAAUGAAGGGGAGAAAAUAUCUCUACAGUCAGAUGACUCAACCUCCAAGGAGCUGGCUCAGGUCCCUGCAUCAGUUCGAGUAAGAAGGGAGACUGCUGCCCCCAAAAGCAAAACCAAAGCUUUUACACUCAACCAUGACAAUGGCAGCCAAGCCCGUAGCUCCUGCCAUCGUGAAGCAAGAAUCAACCAGUUUAAAUUUUGGGCACAUUCUGAUCGUAACUGAUCAAAUUGUUGCCUUGUUAACUGACAAAACUAUAAUUAAAUAAAGACAGUUUAGGAGACCUUGCUUUUCUAUUUUUAUGUUCAUCUUCUUUCUUGUUAGUCACUUUCCUAUUUGAAAAUUUUUAUUUACUAAGUAAUUGGACUUUGCUUAUGUAAGAAUGAAUGAACUAGUAUUAUAAUCUAAA